AUGGCAGGGGGCCUGGGGUUCGGGUGGCCCGCCCUGCUCCAGCUUCUGAUGACGGCGGCCACCUCGCUGUGCCAGGGCUGCCCGCAGCGCUGCGACUGCGUGCCGCAGCUCAGGUCCGUGGCGUGCCACCGCAAGCGCCUGACCGCCAUCCCCGACGGCAUCCCCAUGGAGACGCGCCUCCUGGACCUCAGCCGCAACCGGCUGCGCUGGGUGGAGCACGGCGACCUGGCGCCCUUCCCGCGCCUGGAGGAGGUGGACCUGAGCGAGAACGUCAUCAGCGUGCUGGAGCCCAACGCCUUCGCCAGCCUGCAGGGCCUGCGCGUGCUCCGUCUGCGCGGCAACCAGCUCAAGCUGGUGCCCAUGGGCGCCUUCUCCCGCCUGGGCAACCUGACCACGCUGGACCUGAGCGAGAACAAGAUCGUCAUCCUGCUCGACUUCACCUUCCAGGACCUGCAGAGCUUGAGGCACCUGGAGGUGGGCGACAACGACCUGGUCUACAUCUCCAACAAGGCCUUCAUGGGUCUCCUGGGGCUGGAAGAGCUGACCAUCGAGCGCUGCAACCUGACCUCCAUCUCGGGCCAGUCGCUGUCGUACCUGCGCAACCUGGUCACGCUCAGGCUGAGGCACCUCAACGUGGGGUCCCUGGACGACCAGAACUUCCGCAAGCUGGCCAGCCUGCGGGGGCUGGAGAUCGACAACUGGCCCUACCUGGAGUACAUCUCCCCCCUCAGCUUCCAGGGCCUCAGCCUCAGCUGGCUGUCCAUCACGAACACCAACAUCACCUCCGUGCCCUCCGCCUCCUUCCGCAACCAGGCCCACCUCACCUCCCUCAACCUCUCCUACAACCCCAUCACCACGCUGGAGCCCUGGGCCUUCCGGGACCUGGUUCGGCUGAAGGAGCUGCACCUGGUGAGCACGGGGCUGGUGUCGGUGGCGGGACACGCCCUGGGCGGACUGCGGCAGAUCCGCUUGCUGAACCUGUCGGGGAACGAUCUGGCCACGCUGGAGGAGGCCUCCUUCCAUUCGGUGAACACCCUGGAGACCCUGCGGGUGGACGGUAACCCGCUGUCCUGCGACUGCCGCUUGCUGUGGAUCCUGCAGCGGCGCAAGACGCUAAAUUUCGACGGGCAGGCGCCCGUGUGCGCGGGUCCCCCCGAGGUGCGGGGUCGGACCCUCAGCACCUUCUCGGACUCGGCGCUCUUCGACUUCUUCACCUGCCAGAAGCCGAAGAUCCGCAACCGGCGGCUGCAGCAGGUGACGGUGCGGGAGGGGCAGCCCGUGUCCUUCGUGUGCCGGGCCGAGGGCGAGCCGGCGCCCGCCAUCUUCUGGAUCUCCCCGCAGCGGUGGCGGAUCACGCCAAAGAGCGGCGGCCGUGUGACGGUGCUCCCCGGCGGGACGCUGGAGAUCCGCUACGCCCAGGUGACCGACAGCGGCACCUACAUCUGCAUCGCCAGCAACGCCGGCGGCAACGACACCUACUUCGCCACGCUGACGGUGCGGGGCCUGCCCCCGGACGCCGCCCUGGUGGCCAACCGCAGCUACUACGCGGGCGACCUCAACGACACCAACCUGAACGACACGCGCGUCUUCCUCAAGUUCACGCUGGACCUGAAAACCAUCCUGGUUUCCACGGCGAUGGGCUGCAUCACCUUCCUGGGAGUGGUGCUCUUCUGUUUCCUGUUGUUGUUCGUGUGGAGUCGCGGCCGCGGGCAACACAAGAACAACUUCUCUGUGGAGUACUCCUUCAGGAAGGUGGACGGCCCGUCCGCGAGUGGAGGCCAAGGGGGCGCGCGCAAGUUCAACAUGAAGAUGAUCUGAGGCCUGCCCAACGCACCAAGCACGGCUGCGACCUUAUCUUAGGAGAGCUACAAACUGACCAUAAGUCACGCACAUAGUCGUGUUCUCUUAGGAGAACUACAAACGGACUUUUUAGGGACGAGACCAAAAAGACCACAUACACUAAAAAUGUCAGCGUGUGGCACAAACUCUCUUUUACAUUGCAAGCCAUUUUGAAUUUGAACUUUGGAAUUCUUGCUUAUUGUUUAUGUUUUAAAGACUGAAAGGAUAGUCUCCCCCACUUACAAUGUGGAGCCUGGGAAUUGCAGGCUUCCUCUGUCCACUGUGUACUGUAUAUUUCCUCCAUUCAGUGAUCUCCAGCCGGGUCUCAUCCAUUGCUGGUUCGAUAAAGCAAUGACUUGUCACGUGAAACUAAUGCAGCUUAUCUUAACUAAGAGUCAAAAUGGCUGUGCUCAGCUCCUCCGAUUUUGAUAGCUUCUCUCCGGAACUUUCCUGUGGCAGCUAGGAGGUCGGAAGCAUCUCCCAUAAUGCUUUGCAUGCUGACUUGCAAGGCAGUCUCACCUGGGUGCUCUGAUAGCUACGUGAUUUAUUUCGGAAGACAUUUGUUUUGCUAAGGCCUAUUAAUCAAACAAAGCCAUCUACAUCUAAUGCUAUGUAGUCUUCAAGUGGAAAAACAGCACAUAUGUUUAUCCUGCCAUAAAUCGAACAAUACCUGAUAAAAAAAUAUAUAUAUAUCCAUGCAGACACAACUCUCAGGUUGGUCGUCACUAAUUUUUCCCAUGCAAAAUAUCUUCAAGAAAUAGAAGAAUUUGUUUGUGGAAGUCGAAUCCACAUUGACCAAGUCUAUCACUGCCAAUUGAGAGGAUCAUGUGACUAUGGCCGACAUUCUUUGCCUGCAAUGCAUUGUGGGAGAUCAUCCAAAUCUGCAUGUACUUAUACUGUAAAGUUGAUUUUGUAAUAGGAUAUCACAAAGUUUUAUAUAACUGUUGUUUAAAUGUUAUUUUAUGUGGAACUGGAUACAUUGCUGUAGUGUUAAAAAGUAAACAAGUGAUCCAGUUUGAUCGAGUGUAACAUACAAUCUAAUUACCUGGCAACACAUUCAGCACCUCUCAAAGAAAUUGCAAUAAUGGAGGUAAAGUAAUAAGGAGGAAUUAUUAUUAAUCUGUGAUAGAUGGUUUAUGAAUGUAUCCUUCUGGUGGACGUAUUAUAUGGGCUGGGAUGAGCUGUGGACUAGAACUGAUUGGGGCCGUCAGUCCAUAGCUCCGGGCUGCAUUUUUACUGGAGAGAAAGGUGGAAUGCAGAGCAAGGGUGGCCAACCCCUGCCCAAGAGAUCUAAGGGAUGCACUGCUUCCCAUUGUACUCUGUACUGAAUGGGUAAAUGAAUGCACUUGAUUAGGUGAAAAUCUAAAAGUGCACAAUCCCAUGGCUUACCAGGGUGUAGUGUUCUGGGUGUCUAUUCCUCUCUCACACAGAUGUGUGCACGCACGCACAAACACACACACACACACACACACUACACACAUGCACACACGCGGCCACACACAGUGCCGUCCGUAAGUAUUCGUACAGUGGCACAAUUGUUGUUAUUUUGACUCCAUACUCCAGCAGGUUGUCGAAAUGAACUUGUGAAUAUGAGGUUGAAGGGCAGACUGUCCUACUACUUACGGACACCACUGUACACACGCUCACAGACACACACACACACACACACACACACACACACACACACACCUGCGGUGGUGCUUGACCACUUGGCUCAGAUCCAUACCUUUCCCGCAGAGCUGUUUAUCGGCCUUCUCCAGGUAGCAAGCAGACUCAUCCCGGCCCUGCAGGUGUGAACACGGGAAGAGGUGUAAGAGCAUGUAACCCUGUCUGCCUGUCUGUCUUCCCGUCUUGUCUGUCCGAGUACACGUUCCCCGCCCCUGAGCCCUGUUCACCUUCAGCAAUACGGAAUCCAUGCGUCCCGCAAGCUUUCUGUCCGCCAUCUCCGCCAUUUAUUACUGUAUAAAUGUGUAUAUACAUGUACAGAGAUGAUUUUCUUUUUUCAUAUUGACGGGUUCAAAUGAUUGCUUCAUUUGCUCACACUUUUUAUCCAAAGGGUUGAAUUACCAUGGAUCAUUAGACUUAAUGUACUGUACUUAAGUUAUAUUUAGCCUAUUACUGUAGUAGCUAAUAGUCAUAUCAUGGUAAUUGGUAUUACUGUGAUUAGUGGUAUUGUAGAAUAUUUAUGGGAAGCCACAGUUAUGGUCACUGCUGGCAUUUCACUGCAUUGCAGGCCUAUAGCUCAAACUGGGAUGGGGCGCAGUUCUUUUUUUUUUCUUUCUUUUUUUCUGUGUUGCCUAGCUACAGCUCGAAUGGCUUCAGUGUUGCUCCUGCUCUAUGAGGGAGGAAUUCCAUUCUCAAGGCAGAUUCUGUAUGUUCCCAUUCAGCUGCGCUCCACUGCCUCUACCACUGGAGGGCGCUGUUUUGCCAAACCUUUCAUAUCCAGAGAGGUGGUUAUUAUUAAAGCCCUAUGUAUUUCUGUG